CCUCAUGUCACCACCAUCUAGUUAGAGACAGAACAAACUCCGUAAAUUGUGGAAGAUUACUGUAUUUGGAAUGAAAAUCUUACAAAACAAUUAGUUUCAUUAGUACCAUAUGAAAAAAUUCAACGGUUACCUUGCCCUACGCUUACGCUGAAUCGUCAUAGUAUUUUUAUGAUAUCGAAGUUACCAUUCAUUGGGAUUGAAGUUUCUAUUUGAAAGAACUUGUGUUAGAAAACUGAUUACAAUGGACCAACAGAAAAAGCGAGAAAUCCGAACAGACACAACAAGUAACUUAACUUUCCUCGGUGAAUUAGCCGAGGAAAAGGCUCGAUUUGAAGAGGAAAAGAAGCGAAGAGUAAAUGAUGGAGCAGAAUAUGGAACAACAAACAAAAGGGUUGCAAGAAUAAAAAAGGAUGAAGCAAGUUCAAAUCGUCAAAGACCCAAGAGGCAUAACGAGGAAGAAAAACCCCGAAAGAGGUCAAACAAUGAACAGAAACGAGGAAUACACCUAAAGAAUAUGGAUGACAAUGAAGAGGAUUUGAGGAAAAGUAGGCUAGGUUUAGAGCAUAAAGCUCAAAAAUAUAAUCAGCUAUUACAAGAUCAUGGCCAAGUUGCUGAUGGUGAUGAGAUGCUAGUUGAUUUUACGAAGAAGUGGGCUGAAGAAGAUCGGGAGAAUGAGUUUAUAGAAGUAACGGAUGAAUUUGGACGAACUAGGAAAGUAUCCAUCUAUGAAGCGGGAGACGUCCUUCUCCCUUCAAAAGAGGACUACAGACCGGAAAAUGUUAUUCAGGGAGAAUAUAUGCCGGAAUAUAAGGUUGAUGAGCAGCGUAUCGAGAAUCUGCACCGACAAGACGAGCAACAAGCUGUACAUUACGACUCCUCCAAAGAAAUUCGUACGAAAGGGAUAGGAUUUUUCCAAUUUUCGUUAGAUGAGAGUGAAAGACAACAGCAAUUUGAAUCUUUGGAUAAGAUACACGAAGAAACACUACAGCAUCAAGCGCGGAAAACGGGGUUAGAUAUACUGAAUGAACGAGCAGAUAAACUAGCAUUCCGAAGAAAUGCCCUUCAAAAGCAUUAUGAAAGAAAGAUUGGAGAAGAAUGGAUUAGGCAGCAGUUUCAUGAGGAUUAGAUUCUGUUCAUUUUAAUAUGUAUCUUGGUGAGAAUAAACGGAAGCAAGUCAUGAUAAAACGGGAGGUGUAUACAUCGUAGUAUGAAUUUAUGCAGUUACAUAACAUUCAAUAAUACUUGAUUCAUCUCAUUA